GACUCCAAAAUUAGUUUAGUCCCAUUUACUCUUCUCUGAGAGAAAAUAGUAGUUUUGGCUUUAUGAACGUACCUCCUUCAUCCAUGUAGAUAAGUCGAGCUUUCCUCUGAUCUUCUGGAUGCUCCUGGAUCUCCAGGAUCUCUCCUCCAGACCGUCUCUUGUUCUUGAAGUACAGUUCUAGUUUGGACUUCACACGGUGAAAAUCAUCUGGAAGACCCUCCAGCUCCAGUGUUUUCUCAUCCUGACUCUGUUUUCUUUUGGCGGUCUCCAUCUCGACGUUUAGAAUCUCAGAUAAACUCACAGAAAUCUCAGACACUCGCCUGCUUUUCCAGGAAGAGAGACACAACCCGAACACAACCACAAACAGCGGGGAGCUACGCCAGAUAAAUCCCAUUUUUACUCGUUAUUCGCGCAUUUAUUUGCGUUUCUUGUGAUUUUAAAGGGGAGACCAGACCUCGGCAGAAAUCUGUUAGAGAUGACGGAUACAGGGGAGCAAGUGAACGGCGAGCAGUUGCAGCAGAUUGCUGACGCUAGGGAAGAGCUGGAGAAAUGGAAGAAAUUUGUGGAAGCUGCAGAUACAGAGAGGUCCAGGUUGAUGCUGGAAAAGAUGGACUCAGAAUCUAUGAAGAAACAAGCCCAGCAAGAAACAACAGAACUGUGGAAUGCUACAGAGCAGCUCACAGACAAGUUCGACAAAACAGUGCAAGACAUACAGGAUGAAAUUAGCAAUUUUGAUAAAACUAAUCAGGAUCUGAGGAAGAAACUACAGGGUAUUUCGGAGCAGCUCAAGAUCAAGAAGGCUGAGUCGGACUCUUUGCAGCAGAGAUUUAAGAUCAAAGCCCAAAUCCCUGCCAAAAAAAUGAAGUUCACCCACGUGGCGACAGAUGAAGAGAGUGAUGAGUAUGUGGAUGUUCUGAACACCAGGGCAGUGUUCACCAUCAUCCAGCGGCCUUCUGUCCUGCUGAAAGGUGGCCAAGCUCUCAUCACAUUUGAGGAAGAGAAAGUGGCGGAUCAAAUCCUCAGACUGGCGAAGUGCUCUGUGACCUGCGACAACUCCAAGGUUGACGUGAAGCCGUAUCCCUUGUCUCUAGAUCCCUCUGUGAAAUUUGAGGUGCAUAUUACAGUGUCCAAGAAAACCAUCAAGUUCUCCAACGCUCUUUCUGUUGUGCCUGAUGACCGGAUGCGGGACCGGCUGGAGUUGAGCUUCUCCAAGCCCAGCCGUGGUGGAGGAGAGGUGGAGACAGUGGACUACGACCCGAAGACUGGAACAGGGCGCAUCACAUUCUGCAAUACUGGAGUUGCAGAGAAUUUGGUCGCUAAGCAAAACUUCUACGUAGAUAUUGGUCGUGGCAUGGAAGUCACUGUGGAACCGCUUUAUGAAUUUCAGUUGAAGAAGUUUCAGACGUUCUCCGGGGUGUCGAAGCGCACUGUGCUGCUGAAGGGUAUUCAGGAUGUGACAGAUGAGGAGGAUCUGCAAGACCAUCUGGAGAUCCACUUCCAGAAGCCCAGCAAUUACGGCGGAGAGGUGGAGACCAUUAAGUAUGUGUCUGCUGGAAAGGAGCUGAAGGCCUUCUUCAUUGAGGACUCUCCUGAAGUGGAAGUUUAAUAAGCUGGACUUCUGUCAGGCUGAAUGCAGUUCGUCUCUCUAAACUCAGAAAGCCAAUCAGGUUCUACGCCGUGACUGCAUUUCUAAAAAGAUUUGAAUUUUCCUGUAUUAUGGUUUCUGUAUCAAUGUUUAAUCAUUAGGCUAAUAAGGACCUUCGAUUGGAGCAUAAGCUUUUCUCCAUUGAUGUGAUGCUGAUGAACUGCUGAUGCUGUCUGGGCUUGCCAUUUGUUGUUUUUCAUGAAGUUUUAGCAUUCAGGAUUGUAGCCAGAUGUUCAAAAUUUGAACUUGAAUCUGGAUUUUAAUUUCCAAGCCAUUCCCUCAUGUAACAUACAAACUGCUGUCCCAUGAUUUUUACCAUGUCAGUGUAUAUUCAAAUACUUCACAAAUCUGGUGUAAAAAUACAUUUAAAUCAUGAGAUUUAUAGGUCUGAUAUAAAUUAGUAUUUAUAAUCACUGUCCUACAAAUAAACAUAUUUAAAUGUAUUUACACAUUUACUAUAUUAUAUAAUUUGAAAAAAAGUUGUGGACCUAAUGAACAGAGCAAUAGAAUUGUGGCUGAAAGUCAGAAAAAAGGUAUAAAAAAUAUAUACAUAUAAGGUGAGAAAAAAUACUAAUAUACAUUUUUUUUGAUUGUUGAUUUAAUCAACAAAUACAAUGCACAUUAAUCAUCAUCAUUAUUACAUAUUAUGAAUGUGCCAAAUUUAGCCAAAUGAACUUUUUUUAUCUGCAUCUAAGAGGAACCGUCCCACAAAGCAUUUGAUUACAACAUAUAAUUAAAACGAUUAAUAAGCUACACUGAAAUAUAACAUUAUAACAGAAUGUGAAUGAAUUUCCAUGAUUUUUACCCAGAGAACACAUAAUUACCAACAUGUGAGAGCAACAUUAACUGCAUGUUCCAACCAAUUAUUGAAUAGAUUAUAUAUAUCAUACUCAGUCAGUCAGGCCUUGCUUCAAUUCCUGUAAUUAAUGUUGCCUUGCCAUGAGCACUCUGUCCAGAGCUCAACUUUGCUCACAAGGUAUCCCCUUACAAGUUAUACACUUGUAGUUUUUUGUAGUACAUGACCAAAUUUAAGCACAAUAAAACAACUGCACAAAAGAAUGAACUAAUUAACACAUCCAUGCAAUAAUUGGGCUUAUUCUUGGGAUUAAUCAUUUAUAAAUAUUUAUGUUUACAUGUCUUCAGAUAUUUUGGCUAAUCGUUAUUAAUAGCCUUUAAAAAGUGCCUAAAUUGACUUUCAUUCCAUUAAUUUUAAGGUACCAUUUGAUUUUCUAGGUUAUUGAGUGGAGGUUAAUAGUAAAAUCUAUUAGUUUGUCUCUUAGUAUAUUGGAUUUUAGUCCAGAUUUUAAAUCUGUGUUUAAAGGCUUUAGCAUCAGUAACACACCUGUCUUGGUUUCUUGAUAGUGUUGCUUUGCCUUGAUUUUACCUUCUGUCUUCUUUAAUAUGUAUGAAUCUAUAAUGUAUCUAUUAAAGCUGCUCAUGUAUGA